AGGUGAUUGUGGGACAGUUUGUUUACGCAUGUGUUAGAAACAUGCAUUUCCGAUUCCCUUGACAAGUGAACAAGUGAAAAUCGCUCAAGUUGAUCAAAGGUUUUUAAGAUGCUCUUUGUCUAAGGGAAGCAAGAAUGUCUGCCAGAAGUCAUGGAGAUGACCUGAGUCUCACAGGCUCUCAGAUAUCUGUUAGAUCAUCUUUAAAGAAAUCGUCUUCAGCUCGUCAGUUGAAUCGUCCCAGUUCUGCAUCUAGUUCAAAACCGUCACAAGGGGAUGGCAAUAAAUCUGACAGCGUGAAAAGAAAUUCCUUUCAAGGUCAAGGUAAUAUAAGCCAGAGAAGUGACUUAUCUUCAGCUAGUAAAAAAAACACAGCGAAAGGAAAAUCACCAGGGGAUGAUUUUUUGGCUUUGUUUGAAAGUUCCAUUCAGCCAAAAAUUAAAACACCUGCAGCAAAAUCCAAAAAACCAGCACCCAAUGCUGUGCAAGUGUUGUGGCAACAACCUUCAAAGAAAUCUCCCUCUGGUGUUAGAGUAAAUGGAAAUGGGAAUGUUUCUCCUAGUCCUGUACAAAAUGUAUUCCAGCCACGAAGUUAUCGUAGUACAGAUGAGGAAUCAGAUGAGGACAUUUUGUCAUCUAGUUACAGCAAAAUUCAAGCUUUACAACAACUUCAAUCUCAGAAACAGAAACCUCCCUCUCCUAGUGACAUUUUGGGGGAUUUUGAUGCCUUAGUAAGAAUGAAGAACCCCACGGGGAAUAAAGACUUCAGUGGUGAUGUCACUGCUCAUCACAAACAAAAUGUCCUAAGCUCCAGAUCUGUGACAGGGGCUGAGAAAGGUGCUAAUAACUCUCUGCAGUCAUUGAAUGGGAUUGCAAAUAACAUGGUUGUGAAGGGCAAGUCUCCAAGGACUUCAUUUACUUCUAUAGAAAAUUCUUAUCAAAAUAUUAAACACAAAACGCCUGUUAAUCAAGUGAAGAACAUGCAUAUGAAUGGUUCCAACAACACACAGACUUCUGUCGGUAGAAAUAUAGCGGAGGACUACAUACAAACUUUAAACUCGGCUGCCACCAAAAUCCAGAGGUGGUACCGUGCAUAUCGACAGAAAAAUGGACAUGCCUCUGGUGAUAGUGCAAGGCAGAAUGCAGGUACUGCUGCACUGAAACGUUUGAUGCAGCAGAAGAGAGAAGAAGUACGAGAAAGUCAUAACAAACUAGAUUUAUCUACACUGUCUGAAGAAGAAUCGGGGAAAAAAAGGACAGAAGACAGAAAAAAGGUUCGAGAAGAGAGAGCUCGACAAGCCAGGCUUCAAGCCAUCCAGGAUUUGCAUAAGAAACGAGAAGUAAAAAGGGAAGAAGUAAAACGUAAAGCUGAACAGGAGGUAUCUUAUCUGCAAGCCAGUGGUAAGAUCACAAAAACGCCCUACAAAACAAACCUAGGUAAAAAGAAAGUCGAUAAAAACAAGGAGACUAACAAGGAGAAAGAUGAUGUUUCCUCGGAGCUCCAGAGUUCCCAGUCAGCACGGUCCAGUUCCAGAACAGUCAGCACGCUUAGAGCAGAUCAGACGGACUCAGAAUUUGAGUCUGCAAGCAAUGUCCAGCAGUUAGACUCUAAUCGACUGGAGAGUAGUAGAGAAACCAUUCACGGGAGCGAGGCAGGGGCAAAGUCUACACUGAAUGAUCUUCUGGAAACUCUGAAAAAACUGGAGGAAGACGAACACCUAGAAUCCCCCAGACCAGAGAGGAAAAAUGCUUGGUUGGAUGAAAUAGAUAAAGAAAUAGACAAUAGUAAUCACCUGACUGAGAACCGCUUGAGAGAGCUGGCUCAAUCCAAAGAUGGUCCCCGUCAUAAGGAGAGCUAUCUCACUGAUGAUAAACUCCGUAGUAUCAUGUCCUUCCUGGAUGAAGUGCAGGUGUCGGACAGAAUAAGCGCAGUAGAACAGGAAUUAAACAAGGUUUCUCAGGAUUUUGAGAUUCCACCACCUCUGGUUCCAUCAGCUGAUGAGUUGACUGAUCUUGAGAAUGCUCAAGCCACAGCUAAUGAAGUGACCAGCACGGUCCUCUCCCAGAGGUUAGAACUGGAGGAGAAAAGGAGAACUGUCACCAUGCUACAGAAAGCGCUGAAUCAACAACGGGAAUUGACAGUCAGACACGCUAAAGAGACAGAGAAGGAAAUGAAAAAGCGACUUGAUGUUCAAAAAGAUGAAUAUGAAGAAACAAUCAAGAGACAUUUAUCGUUCAUAGAUCAGUUAAUUGAUGACAAGAAGAAUCUGAGUGAAAAGUGUGAGAUGUUGGUGAAGGAACUGAAGACAGUGGAUAAAAAAUACCAAGAUAAGAUCAAGACAAUGGCAGAAAAACAUGCUAUAGAUAUUCAGAAGAUCAAAGAUAUGCAUGAAGCUGCUGAAAAGUUAAGAAGAGAAAGAUGGAUUCAGGAUAAAACGAAAAAGAUCAAGGAAAUGACAGUGCAGGGUCUUGAACCAGAAAUUCAAAGGCUGAUAGCCAAGCACAAAAAUGAAAUUAAAAAAAUUAAACAGAUCCAUGAGGCGGAGAUCCUUGAAUCGGAUGAAAGGGCUGCCCAGCGAUAUGUCAGGAUGACUGAGGAACUCCGUGACCAGCUAGCCAACGAAAAGGAGGCUGCCUGUGCAAGGGAAAGAGAACUAGCUAAACAGAGAUAUGAGAAAGAACUGCAGAAUGAGGAGGAGGCCUAUCAGCAGCAGAGGCGUCGUUUGUAUCAGGAGGUGCAGGAGGAGAAGGAACGUGUGGCCCAGCAGGCGUCACGGCAACGAACUGAGCUGGACAAGCUUCAGCGACAACUGGAGGACAGCCAUGCUUUGGCUCUAGCUGCCAUGAAAUCCGAGUUUGAGAAAGCCAGGGAGGAGCAGGAAAAUAGACACAAGACUGAACUUCGAGAAUUGAGAGAAAGACUAGCUGUGGAAAAAGCAUCAUGGGAAGAGAACUAUAUGAAGAAGCAGGAAACAUGGAUGUUACAAAAAGAGCGGGAACUGAAGGAUCAAGUGAGGAGGGACCGGGACAAGGAGAUCGAGUUAGUGAUCUCUCGACUAGAGGAGGAUGCCACUGCUAGCCGUGAGGAAACAGAGAAAGCAGCAGACAACAGAAUUAGGAGAUUAAGGGAAAAGUAUGAUUUAGAAAUGAAAGACUUGGAGAGAUCAGAACAGCAAGCUCUGGAGAAGUACAAUGAAAUGAAGGCUCGAUUGACAGAAGUAAGCGGUGAAAAUGAGUGUAUAUUGGUCAAGCUGAGUCAGAAAGAUCAGGAAAUAUACAAUCUACAAGAGCUCACAGACAAAAUGCACAGAGAACGGGACAGAGUUUCGGACAUAAUCCGACAGGAAUUUGCAGAUAGAUUGGUGACGACGGAUGAAGAAAACAAACGUGUGAAAAACGAGAUGUCUGAAAUGAGAGCAAGACAUCGUAUUGAGCUGGAUAAAUGCAAAGAACAGAUGGAGGGUGUUCGUAAACAAAAGGAUGAGGAGAUGGAAGAAGUUCACAAAAGGGUGAAACAAGCCAUUGUGAAGAAAGAAGAGGUUGUGACCCAGUUAAGGGACCAGUUUAAUGCUGCACAGAAGAGAGCAGACCACCUCGAGGGCUUACUAGAACAGCAAAGAAAGCAGUUGUUGGGCAAAAAAUGAAAACUGAGGGAUUGCAUGAAAAGGGCAGAGCACUGGAAACCUUUACUGGAGUAGAGAUUAUACAGGGCAGUGAUGAGCAGGGAUAUUAAAGUGUAGGCUGGGACAGAUAUCAGGCAGCUGUUUGGUAUAAAAGAUGUGGCAUGAGACGAGUUGUGGAUGAACUGUUUCGAUAUUAUCCCAGUAGAUGCUCAAACAGAACAUGCACUAUGUGAAGAGUGGGUUUUGUCAUGGUUCUCACCUUUAUACAUGUGCAAACUUGUAUACAAUUAUCUGUAUCCACUUAACAUGUGAGGAGAGGUGAAUACCGUAUAUUGUGUUUCACCAAGGUGUCUUUGCAGUAACCCUCAGACCACCAUCUGAUGUAUUUGUGCAUUUCUGUACAAUUUAAACAAUUAGAUUGAAUUUUGACUGAAUUACCUGAGAGAUGGAGAAUUUAAUUGUAGUUAACAAUUAGAUUGAAUUUUGACUGAAUUACCUGAGAGAUGGAGAAUUUAAUUGUAGUUAACAAUUAGAUUGAAUUUUGACUGCAUUACCUGAGAGAUGGAGAAUUUAAUUGUAGUUAACAAUUAGAUUGAAUUUUGACUGCAUUACCUGAGAGAUGGAGAAUUUGAUUGUAGUUAACAAUUAGAUUGAAUUUUGACUGCAUUACCUGAGAGAUGGAGAAUUUAAUUGUAGUUAACAAUUAGAUUGAAUUUUGACUGCAUUACCUGAGAGAUGGAGAAUUUGAUUGUAGUUGUAUGUUGAAUCUGUAUCACGUAGUUAUGCUUAUCUUUUUUUUUUUUACUUUAAACAUCAAACUUGAAAGACAUCAAUUUUCAUCUUAGGUUGUUUUAAUCAAUAUUAAGUACAUUUAUAUUACUUUUGUCCUGUCCAUGUAUUUGGAAAUUCUUUAAUAUUACAUGCUUCUCAGUCUGUUUAAUGUUAGUGAGCAGUAGAUGUUGUUACAUGUUAUUUAGUACAGAAUAAUGGUGGUUUAUUAAUUAUGUGUAUCUUUACAUGCUGUAACUUGUGGUUACUUCAAAUGACAUUCUUUAAAUCCAUCCAAAGUCAAGUCUGUGAUAUUUUGCAUGUCUUAUGUAUAUGUAGGUACUAUUAUUUUAAUUUAAAAGUUUUUUUUUUAAAGAUUAUAAAUCUUUUGAGAAUUUUUGUUAAUGGUGAAAAUGUUUUCAGAAUUUUGAAAGAGCUUAUCUAUAUUUAUAAAGAAUAAGAACUUUCUCCUUUCUUUUUGUUUUGCUUCAUUGAAUUGAUCUGAGAAUGGGAAUCUUCGUUGGAAAUACAUGUACAUUGUAUUUGCAAUUUUUGAUUGAACCCACCAUAAUCAUGGGAAUACCUAUGUAUAACUGGGAAUUUUGAACUAUCUAGCUUAGUGUUUUGAAGGAGUAGUCACAUAGUGUAUGCCAAAUUCAUAUACUUCUUUUCUAAGACUUGCAAUACAUUAUAACCGUAUAUCAUACUUUACAUACCUGUAUAUGUAGGUGAAAGCAAUCUCUAACAGUAAAAUGCACAUUCCAAGGAGGAGUUUUUAAGGAUGAUUUUUUACAACAGAUAUUUCAGUAGGAAAGGAGUAAUGUACAUUAUUUUGUUAUGAAUUGUAAUAACUUGUACUGGAGGGCUUCUUAGUUUUUUUUAUUUAUUUAUUUAAAAAAAAAAUAAUUUUAGCAAAUUGAUUUUUGUUAGUAUAUAAGUUUAAUAUGUAGUUUGGAGGUUGUCCUAAGUUGAUAUUUUGUUAUGUUUUUAGAAGACAAUAAAAUAAAAUUUUGAUUUAAA